GCACCUGCGCGAGUUGGGGGAAGGAGGAGGGGCGAGGUGACGCAGGCGUAAUAAUAGAGAAGGUGCCAGAAAGAUCCAAAACAAGUGGCUGCGGCCGUCGCCCGGGAGUCAUCAGACGCCAGAGUCCGGUGAGGAUCCAGAGAGGCCUGAGGGCGGCUGGUGGCCCUGGUUCAGAGCUUGUGCUGCCCCCUCCCCCGGGUAUGGCGCUGUCCGGGUUGACCCCGGCUCCGAGCUGGGAGGAGGACGAAUGCCUGGACUACUACGGGAUGCUGUCGCUUCACCGUAUGUUCGAGGUGGUGGGCGGACAGCUGACCGAGUGCGAGCUGGAGCUGCUGGCCUUCCUGCUCGAUGAGGCCCCCGGCGCGGCCGGCGGUCUGGCCCGCGCCCGAAGCGGCCUGGAGCUGCUGUUGGAGCUGGAGCGCCGCGGGCAGUGCGACGAGAGCAACCUUCGGCUGUUGGGGCAACUCCUGCGCGUGCUGGCUCGCCACGACCUGCUGCCACACCUGGCGCGCAAGAGGCGCCGUCCAGUGUCUCCGGAACGCUACAACUAUGGUACCUCCAGCUCUUCUUCCAAAAGGACCGAAGGCAGCCGCCGACGCCAUCGCCAAUCAAGCGGUACUUCAGACGCCCAGCAGGGUCAGUGGGAGACAGGCUCCCCACCAACCAAGCGGCAGCGGCGGAGUCGGGGCAGGCCCAGUGGUGGUGCCAGGCGGCGGCGGAGAGGGACUGCCGCCGCCCCCCAGCAGCCACAGGAGACAUCCAGACCUGCCUCAGAAGGCAAAGUGACCUGUGACAUCCGGCUCAGGGUACGAGCAGAGUACUGUGAGCACGGGCCCGCCUUGGAGCAGGGUGUGGCCUCCCGGCGGCCGCAGGCACUGGCCCGGCAGCUGGACGUGUUUGGGCAGGCCACAGCCGUGCUGCGCUCCCGGGACCUGGGCUCCGUGGUGUGUGACAUCAAGUUCUCUGAGCUCUCCUAUCUGGACGCCUUCUGGGGCGAUUACCUGAGUGGCGCCCUGCUGCAGGCCCUUCGGGGCGUGUUCCUGACUGAGGCCCUUCGCGAGGCCGUAGGCCGGGAGGCUGUCCGCCUGCUGGUCAGUGUGGACGAGGCCGACUAUGAGGCUGGCCGGCGCCGCCUGCUGCUGAUGGAGGAGGAGGGAGGACGGCGCCCGACUGAGGCCUCCUGAUUCUGGACAUGGCAGGACUGAACCCACCUCCUAGCCUCUGGGCCACUCUCUUCCUUGGAGGACAUCCAUCUCUGCCCCUAGAGGACUGUCAACUUCAGCAGCCCCGAGGACUGGGACAGAUGGCCUGGCCCCUUGACAGACUCUCCCACAGGAUGUGGGCUCUGAAGCCUAAACCACUUCCACCUGAGUUUCCUUCCCAGCCUCCUCCCAACCCUACCCUCUCGUGUGUUCCCUCAGCUUCAGGAGGCCAGGGACUCAGGCAUGCAGAUCAGAACGGGCAGGAGGCAUAGCUACACAUUCACCAAAGGCCCCACCGUGUCCUUCACUUCAGUGAACUGUGUGUGCACAUGCACACUGCUCCCUCUGGAAUCUUCCCUGGGCUCCUGCCCUGGCCUGCUCCACACAUGUCUUUGGCCUAAGGGCUUCUCUCUCAGGAUAUCUGAUUUUACUGUCCCCAAGCCUGGACCUCAGCCGCGCUGGGCACUGGGGCUAGGGUGCACACGGGGCCUGCUCCUCUUGCCCAGACAUCUCUCUAGCCAGCUGGGGCUCUGCCUGACUUCCAGACACAGACCUGGAUCUCCACAUUCUCCUGCUCCCCACAGUUGGAUGCAGACUUGAACAAGGACCUGCACCCGGAGUGUCACACGUGCAUUGCAGUAGCAUCAGACCAAGCGUGUCGUUGCCCAUGGGGCCAGGAUCAGAAACCAACUUCCUUCUCCAAAAGGGAAGGCAAAGGCUUGGGGCUGGUGGGAAAGGCCUUUUACAAAUGGCGCCAAUAAAACUGCCCUAGAUUGGGGCUUAGGGUGGGCAUCAAGGCUCUCUAGGACUCUUUCUUUAUGGGCUGGAGGAAGGAGCUAAUGAGGACCUGGGCCCAGUUCCAGCCCUGGGGUUCCUGGCCCAGUUAUCUGGCUAGAGGAAGGGCAGGAUGCUGGAGCGUCAUCAGCUGCUGCUACCCCAGGCCUGCUCUCCUCUCGGCCUCAGUUUCCUCAUCUGUCAAAGGAAUUAACUGCUUUGGGAGUCAUAACCUGUUCCAACCCCAUUGGCACAUGCUUUGCUCUUGUUAGGUUCUUGGAAAUACUAGUGUUUUUACUUUAUUCACUGAGGUGCCAGCUAUCUAGCCCAGCACUAUAGCCCCAAGCUUUGGAAACCAAACGGGUCACAAGCCACAGUUCGCUGGCUGGAAUCCCUCCCCAGAUGGCUCCUCAUGCCUUCUGGACAGUCACCUCUUAAAUCUGGACCUGCAUUCUUCCUCCUGGGGCCCAGCACUGCUUUCUGCUGCCUUGUGGCUACUGGAGGUUGUGGCCUCUUUCCCCGCCCCUUGUUUAAGGGCUUAGGAACUCAGGUUUCUUACACAAUAACCAAGGUUUUCCUUCCUGUGGGGGAAGGGAAUCAGGCUGGGGAAUGGGGGUGGUUGGGAGGAGGUAGGCAGGGACUGCUGGCCUUUCCUGGGGGAAGAGGUACUUCUGCCCACACUUGGGAACCUGGACCGCUGGCCUGUGUUGGUGGGGAGGAACAUUGUGGCAAGUCUAAGGGUUGAGACCUGUCCUGGAAUGAAGACCUGGUCUAGCACCAUACCCUUUCUGGGCAGGAACUAGGGUCUGCUGGGCACCUCAAGAUUUAUUUAAUGCUUAGCUUGUGCGAAGUAGGGAUUCUGCCCCCAUAUUUGACAGGAAAUGGGUUUCAGAGAGGGGAGGUGGCUUGCCUGGGGGAUAGAGAAGCCCUGAGCUCAAGAGCCUCUCUCCCCGAGUGGAUGCAGGUUGGGGAGGCGGGUGGGGGGGUUUCCACGCCCCUUCUUCCCUCCAGUUGUGGGAACUGCCUUUGGUCUGGGCGGGAGUAGGUUUCCUUCUCAAGGUUUGGGGGAUUUUUGUACUUGGGGGCGGGAACUGCUGCUGGUUGUGGCUCUGCUGGCCAGCAUUGCGGAGCCGGCCUCCUCACCCGGCUUUGAGGGGGGUCUUUCCGCUUCUGCACGAGGGUCCCUGCCCCCUUGUGGGGAGAGAGUCAGGCGCUGCCCACCCAUCAGUUCCGGGGUGUGGGCCCCACCUAUGGCCCACCCCUCCCCGUUCUCCGAAGCCCCGCCCACCCCACCCUCUCCAGCCCGGCGUUCUCCUACCUCGCUGGUCAGCGCGUGCUAGACGUGGAGACGCCUAGCUGCGAGGCCACAGGAGCCCGCGCAGGCGCAGUGCGGGGCAGGCGCCGGCGGUGGCGGGAACAUGGAGAUGUGGGUCGCCUCCAGAGCGCCGUUGAGCGCGUCUGUGGUGGAGCUGGCCUGGACUUGCCAGAGACCACGCGGUACCCCAGGGGGUGACCGACACACCACCGAGGCCAAGAAGUGGGUCACAGAAGGCCGUGAGGACAAGCUGGGGAGAUCAAAGAGCUUCAGGAGUCAAGAAAGUCCGUGGGGCAUGGCCUGGGCAGACCGCGGGCAGGCGAACUAGGGGCCUGUGAGAGCCCAGAGGAAGGCUUCACAGAGGAGAGGAGCCCGGAGCUGGCUCUUGAGGGAUGAGUAGGAGUUCAACAGAAUGACGGAGAGCGGCCUUACAGCAGAGAGGGCAGCCCGGGGAAGGUCUUAGGAAAGGUGCCCAAACCGGGUGCAGGGAGAGGGACAGAUCAGCAGAGUCAGAGGUAAGUGGCGGCGCCUAGUCAGCCCUCGUCUGCACAGUGGCCAUGUGCUCCCGCGGGCUGGCCACGACGACAGCCACAGCACGGUUGCGCUAGAAGGUGGUAGUGUGAGGUGGGCUCACGAGGCCCCACGUGUGGGGGUCCCGGCUGUGCGCCUGUCCCGGGGCCUCCGCUGGGGCUCCGGCAUUGCUCUGGCUGGGGCGCCGCUGGCUCCGCAGGCCCUGUGCUGGUGGGCGAGCCACGCCGGGCCACCGCGGGCCACAGCCCAGGGUGGGUAGUGACUGAAUAAGCCGCAGAGGCCGGGGGAGCCCAGGGGACACUGAUUGGAGGGUCCCAGGAAGGCCUCGUGGAUCGGACCCCCGUUCAUUCUGUUCAAAAUCAACACCACCACCCUACGUUUCAACUGUAACUAGAACAUUCUGAAAAGUAGGGACAACGGAUAUAUGGUGUUAGUACGUUGUAAAACACAUGUGCCUCCCACAUUAAGAAACACCUUACCACACCCCAGAAGCCCCUCACCCCCCUGCCUGUCAUGUGCUCCCUCCUGAACAUCCCUACCCCCUCGCCAUUUCUCCUAGCUGGGAACACUACCUUGCCUUUUACGUAAUAAUUCCUCUUUUUAUUUUUUUUGCCCCGCAAUGAUGUAGAUAAUCUUCUCUCAUCUUGCACUUGAUAUAAAUGGAACCAUACAAUAA